AUGGCGAUGGAUGCGCUCAAGAAUCUUGUCAAUAACGUCCCAGACUGGUUACAACGACUUGACGACCUCAGCGGCCAGAUCGACCGACGCCAGGCCGAGCUGGCCGCUGUUGCUGCCGCGGAGGGCAAGAGCCCAGAGACAAAAUCCCUUCGCAACAAGGGCUCAACCGAGUCGCUGAAGCCCAAAGAUGAUCCCCCGGUAGUUUACGCAGAUCAGGCCGACGAGGAUAUCCUCCAAGACAGCACCGCCGAAAACGCUGCAAAGACACCCGAAACACCAAAGGUAUACAUACCGAGCCCCGGCUCCAUUCGCAAACAGCAAGAAGUUAUCAAGAUAGCGCAAGCUAGGGCACGGGCUCAAGUCAGGAAGAAGCCCAAGUCCCCGUCUAUGAUGUCCAACGAAGACGCACCCGCCGCCUACCGAACACGGACCAUGAUUAUUGUCUACUACGACAGCUAUGUCCAGGGUUUCUUUGACGAGCUUGUCAGGUUCGUUUCGUCAAGUCGGAACCUCAUGCGCAAGGCCAAAAUGGCUGCACGGGUUGCUCAAAUCAAGAAGCUGGCUGAGCAGGACGUAUCAGAGGAUGGUAACGAUGACGAUGCACUCCCUUCACUGCGAUACAUGAGCAGCAGGAGAUUUGGACCCAUGUCAAUAUCAAGGUCCGGUGCUGGCGACCAACCGCCAGACGUAUAUGAUAACUUAGAUAAGGGCCUUGAGUUUGUGCAAAGCAUGUGCGAGCACGGUGCCCACCAGUUCCUUCGUGACGGAGACUGCAACGAUGAGAUCAGCAAGGUGCAGAAGAGGCUCGGUGAGGUCCUCGAGAUGGCCAAGACGGAGAUGGAGCGCGUUCAACGCGAAGAGCCUGAGUUGGCUAAAGAAACCGGGGAGAUGGGCAAGGUCCGAACGCGACGGCCCAUCAGCAUGCGACGCGACAUGUCCGUCGGUCUUAAGGACGGUAGCCCACCAGCACCAAAAGAGCUGGAACCCGCCAAGUUAGAAGCUGCCGAGCCUACCAUCCCUGUUGACCCUAUGGCACCUAUGGCUGUGGAUCCGAAUAUCAUGGAAGCCGACGAGGGCAUCGACGUCGAGAUGGAGCUACCUAAACUACAAUAUCGAUCGACCCGGGCUAUGCGGAGCCGCGGACCAUAG